AUGUCCUUUCUUCAUACGCAUUCGAGCGAGUGUUUAAAGAGUGAACUCGACCUCUUCUCCUUACCACCCACGCAAACUAGUAUCGAGAGUUCACAAUGGAUUCAUUACAAACCCGUGACUUCGCUCUCGGACGACUCGCCGAUAGAAUUCGUCAUUCCCGGUCACGGAGAAGAAUAUUUAGAUCUCACGCACACCAUGCUGAGUCUUCGCGUACGCGUAGAAACGUCAGGCGAUUCCACAGGACACGUUACGGGAGUAGGCGGCAGCGCAACGACGGACAAUGUAGGCCCCGUAAAUCAUUUACUUCAUUCCAUCUUCAAUCAGAUCGACGUGUAUUUCAAUCAAAAGCUCGUAUCGCCGCCAAACAACGCUUACGCGUACCGCGCCUACAUCGAGGCGUUGUUAAAUUAUUCUUCACCGGCAAAAACUUCCCAUCUAACCUCAUGUCUAUGGGACGCGGAUACUCCCGGACGAAAGGACGAACCGGUGGAAUCAAAAACGGCAAAUUCCGCUCUCGUGAGACGCGCUCAUUACAUACGAGGAGGACGGGCGCUAGAUCUUAUAGGCCAUCUCCAUUGUGAUGUUUUCAAUCAGGACAAAUUUUUAAUUAACGGUGUAGAAGUACGUUUGAGGCUCGUUCGUUCGAAAUAUUCGUUCUGUCUUAUGGAUAGUAAUGGUACGUCGUCGAAAAUUCAUAUACUGAAUGCGAGUCUGCUAGUGAGAAGAGCGAAGAUAAGCGCCGGAUUAUUGCUCGCACAUGCAAGAAUGCUGAGUAAAGUUACGGCCAAAUAUCCGCUCACAAGGGUCGAGGUUAAAACAUUCACGAUCCAUAGCGGUGUUGUGGCCGAAUCGUUAGAUAAUGUAAUACUUGGUCAACUUCCGAAAAGAAUAAUAGUCGGUAUUCAUUUUUUGAAUGAAGAAAAUUCUAUAAGCAGAGAUGAUUAUUCAAAGAGCUAUAUGCUAUUCGCUUUUGAUCUUACGCCCGACUUAUCGGCUAAUUAUGCAGGACAUUGGAAUCUUGUGAAACAUGGUAGUUUACGAUUAGAAGUGCGAUUUGAGAAGGCACUCACCGAGACCGUUAACUGUAUUAUUUACGCAGAGUUUGAUAAUGUCAUAGAAAUUGACUCAUCCCGGCAAGUCAUUGUCGAUUUUGCCGGUUAG